UCCAUAGAAUUAAGAUGGCAAUAAUAAUUAAUGGCAAGUUAAUCCACUUUUUCGAAUAUUCCAUCUUAUCCCACGUCGUACGAACAAAAAAACUGAAUCGUCACAUUGUUUUGACUUUUUGACCAACGGUUCUCUCCAGUUUAUUUCUCUCCAGUUUACUCCAAUUCCAGUUAUAGUCGCGUUUUCAGAAGCGGUUUCCGAAACAACUGAACACAAAAUGUCUGGUUAGUGCUGACAAAUGGCAACCUCCCUAAAAAAAAACCAGACAAUGGUAUUCCUGUGUGCUUCCGAGAGAAAAUACAAAGCAAUUAUUUCGUGCUUUUGAAAUCUCGGGCGCGAAUUCAGUAUACAGAGUUACUACAAUGUUCCAUAUUACAGCUACUGCAUUAUUGUCAUUUUUUGGUGAAAAGCAUUUAAUUCUACAGCAAGCAUAUAAGGGCAGCGCCAUUUCCUCAAUGAAUCACAUCCCAAUUCGGCUUUAUCGGUGAAACUCCUUUCUUUUUCUCUCUCUAGGUUUAGGGUUUCAGUUUUUUCUUCGCAACAAAAAAAAAAAAAAGUCCAGGAUCAUGGAAGCGGCGGCGGCGGUUGGCGGCGCUGGUGAUUUCAUAUGCCAGAAAGUUGUUCACGGCGGAAUGUGGAGGUGCAAUUUGAUGGCUAUGAGGGGAAAAACCAUGUGCGAGAAACAUCAGCCGUCGGAGAGAAGGAGUGUGGAGGAGGAGAAGAAGAUGCAGAAAAUUGGGAGGCAGGAAAAUGACGGUGGGAAUCAUGGUGAGAGCAGCGGCGGUUGGAAGCGGAAGCGUGUGGAUGAUGAGAGCACGAGUGGUUUUGACGGCCAUGGGAGUGAGAGGGGGGCGGUUGCUGCUGGCGGUGGCGGAGGUGGUUUGAGGAAUAGAGGGGGGCCGAAAGGUUUGGAAAGUAGAAUGCAAAGGGAGGUUUUUAGAGAAAAUGAUGGUGAGCAACGGAGGCCGGAGGGUUCUCAGAGUAGGAAUAAGAAUGGUUUCGAGCGCGAAAUCGAGGCAGCAGUGAAGAAGAAUGCUGGUGGUCAACAUGUGGCGAAGAAGGCGAAACUAAUUCCUAUGAUCGUCGGCAAUAAGCAUGUCCUGGUGCACGAUUUCGAUAUCAGUACCGACUCCGACUCCGAAGAGAGUGACAGUACAGACGAUGAUAUUGAAACGCCAGGUCCGGUAGAGACGGUUCGCCGGCCAGGAAGGCCAAAGGGUUCCAAGAACAAGAAAACAACAGUCGACGAGGCUGAAAAUAGAUUUGUCACAAGAGGCGGUGCUUCUCGUGCUAAUGUUGAUCAAAGUGAUGUCCCUGUGCAGAUUGCUCGUGGUAGAGGAAGGCCGAAGGGUUCCCCUAAUAAGAACAAAACAAUCGCUCAGACGAGAGAAUCUGUUGGUUUAGACGGUGGUAAUGCUAGCCCUGUAAUAGCUUCUCCACUGCACGAGGUUCGAGGGAGAGGAAGGCCAAAGGGUUCGAAGAAUAAGAAGAACGUCCCUCAGGCUGAAAAAAGUGCUCGUGUCAAUGUUUCUCCCGUGCCGAUGUUUUCCCCGAUCGGUGCGGCAAAGAGUAGUAAUAAUAAGAAGAACACAUUAAAUGAGAUUGAUGGUAUGGAAGAUGAUGUUUCUAGGAGUAAUGUUGUCAAAAGCGCAACUCGAGUGCAGAUGGAGGAGCGAAAAGGUUCAAGGAAUAAAAAUAAAGUAUCAUUCAACACUGAAAGGAGUGAUGGUAGUCCUGUUGGCAGAAGUGUCAACGAGAGAGGUGCUCGAGGAAAGCCCGAAGGCGUCAAGAAUAAAGAAAGAAUCGUCAAACUGAGAGUAAAAGGUUAUGCUGGUAAUGGCGAUAUUGAGCUCCUUGAGCGAGUUGAUGAUGAACGCACCGAUGGACGAAAUGCGGUUGAUGAGGGUAAGGGUAAGGGCAGGCAGCCCAUCGGAUCAAAUCAAAUGAAGGGUAUACAAAUAAAGCAAGAAUAUGAAGAAAUAGAAGAUUGGGAUGAAGGUUACUGGGCAGAUCGAAGCUAUAAGAAGAACGAUCGCGAAGGUUGGGCAGAAGGUUCAAACAGUACGAAGAAGAAAUCCUUUGAUGUUGAAACGAAUCGGGAUAUCCCAGUUGUUAGGAAGGGGUCAAUGAAGACGAGAACACUUCCAGUUGAACAGCAUGGGUAUGAUGUUUGCAGUGGCAACAUGAUGAGAAAACGAUCAUCGACAAGUUCAGAUCACGUUUCGAAGAAGACCGAAAAAGGACAUAGAGCAAGAUCAGGAGUCGAUAUAAAUGAACUCAGCGAUUUUGCAUGCAUGGGAAAGAAAAUAGCCGAUCGUGGUUUGGAGAAGAACAAGUCAUCAGUAUCGGGAUUUGCGGAUGCCACCCUUACAAAGGAGCAGCACAAGACGAUGUGCCAUCAGUGCUUGAAAAGUGACAAACCUGUUGUCGUCUGCUCAAAUUGCAAUAGGAAACGAUACUGCUUCAAUUGCAUUGAAAAAUGGUAUCCUAAGAUGACCAAGAAAGAAGUCAAGAAAGCUUGCCCAUUUUGCUCCGGAAAUUGCAACUGCAAAGCUUGCCUUCAAGCAGAUGUACUCACAAAGGGCUGCCAAAAAAAGGCUGACAAGAAUAUCAGAAUGCAAAGAUCUCUGUAUUUGCUACUCAACGUUCUGCCUCUCCUUAGACAUAUACAGCUUGAGCAGAAGGUUGAGCUGGAUGUUGAAGCCAGAUUACGAGGUGCUCCAAUGAGUGAAGCGGAUGUGCAACUUGCAGUCGUUGAAGAAGACGAUCGCGUAUACUGUGACAACUGCAAAACAUCGAUCGUCAACUUCCACAGAAGCUGCUCCAAUGCCGCUUGUUCUUAUGAUAUAUGUCUCGAUUGUUGUAAAGAACUCCGAAAAGGUCUUCAACCAGGAGGUAUCGAGGCCCAAACUACUCUUAAUUCUGCUGAAAUAAGUCCGGAGAGAAGAAAUUCUUCAAAUGAUGAGAAUAUUACUCUUCCUUCAACAAAUAAGCAUGCAGACAACAUGUGUUGUGGGCCCCCUAAAUGGGAAGCUAAGAACAACGGGAGUAUACCGUGUCCUCCCAAAGAGCUCGGUGGUUGUGGAACUGAUAAUUUAGUAUUAAAGCGCAUUUUUAGUGCAAAUUGGGUGGAUAAAUUAAUCAAGAGUGCAGAGGAUUACACUUCGAAUUACCACUUGCCAGAUAUAGACUUUUCUAAAGAAUGUUCGUUGUGUUUUGCUGCCUCUUCUUCCCGUGGUAGCAACGAUUCAUCCAAGUUAGAACAAGCGGCGUCCAGGGAGAACAGUAAAGACAACUUCUUGUACUGUCCGGAUGCUGUUGAUUUGGGCAAUGCCGAGUUCGAACACUUUCAGAUGCACUGGAGAAGAGGCGAACCUGUCAUUGUUCGAAAUUCUCUCGCAAUGUCGUCUGGUCUUAGUUGGGAGCCGAUGGUUAUGCUGAGGGCUUUCAGAAAUGCGAGCAGAAACUGUGUGAAGGCGAUUGAUUGUCUCGACUGGUGUGAGGUUGAGAUCGAUAUUGACCAGUUUUUCCGAGGCUACUUAGAAGGGCGUAAGCACGAAGAUGGAUGGCCAGAGAUGUUGAAACUAAAGGAUUGGCCGUCGACGAGUUAUUUCGAAGAAUCAUUACCUAGGCAUGGUUCGGAGUUUAUGUCUAUGCUUCCGUUCCGCGAUUACACGCAUCCUAGGUCUGGUCUUUUGAAUCUCGCGACGAAACUUCCCGUCGGUGCUUUAAAGCCAGAUUUAGGGCCUAAAUCCUAUAUCGCCUAUGGUUAUCCAGUAGAACUCGGAAAAGGCGAUUCGGUCACAAAACUGCACUGUGACAUUUCUGAUGCGGUGAAUAUAAUGACGCACGCAGCUGCGGUGCAUACGUUGCGCACUUCACGUGGGAAAAAACCAGCAGAUGUUCUUCAGAAAUGUGCAAAAAAAUACGGUGCUGCUUUAUGGGACAUCUUUCGUAGGGAGGAUGUUCCGAAGAUAAACGAAUACUUGCGGCGGCAUUAUAAAGAAUUUGACCACUACAAGAGUUCUCCGGUGGCUUCUGUUGUUCAUCCAAUACAUGACCAGACUUUUUAUUUGGACGAGGAGCACAAACGAAAGCUGAAGGAAGAAUACAAUGUCGAAGCUUGGACAUUCGAGCAGCAUCUUGGUGAGGCAGUGUUCAUUCCUGCUGGCUGCCCUCAUCAAGUGAGAAACAGACAGUCUUGCACAAAAGUUGCACUGGACUUUGUGUCCCCAGAUAAUGUCCAAGAAUGCAGCCGAUUAACUCAAGAAUUCCGGUUGCUUCCUCCUUUACAUAAAUACAAGCAAGAUAUAUUGGAGGUGAAGAAGUUGGCUGUGUUUGCUGCAAGUUCAGCUAUUUAUGAAGCCAGAAGUCUGAGCUCCAAAUCAAGUAAUGCAACCCGGCAUUCAGGGGAAGCCGUUGCAGAGAGAGCUGCAAGACGAUGAUAAGUAGAAAUAAUGUAACAAUAGCAAUAGCAAUUGACAACAUUUAACUGCUAUUUAUUGAUUUUUAGGCUGCACUGAAUUAGCACACACCUGUUGAUAAGUAGAAGUUAGUUACUUAUGUUGAUAGUUAGAUGCAUAAAAUUGUUUGUGCUGUAGUUGAUUGUACCUUUACAUACAAAGUGCAAGUGUACAAAUGUAUUUCCCUUGUAACAUUAUCCUGUUGUAAUUUGGAUAUUUCUUGAGCUUAUAAGGCCAAUUUGGGUA